AUGGUGCCCAAUGGCAACAACGACAACAACAACACCGCCAAGGACUACCGUGACCCUCCCCCGGCGCCGCUCAUCAACGCCGGCGAGCUGGGCAAAUGGUCGCUCUGGCGCGCCGUCAUUGCCGAGUUCACCGCCACGCUCCUCUUCGUCUACGUGACCGUGGCCACAGUCAUCGGCCACAAGCGCCAGACCGACGGCACCGUCGGCUGCGGCGGCGCCGGCAUCCUCGGCAUCGCGUGGGCCUUCGGCGGCAUGAUCUUCGUCCUCGUCUACUGCACCGCCGGCGUCUCCGGCGGCCACAUCAACCCGGCCGUCACCUUCGGCCUCCUCCUCGCCCGCAAGGUCUCCCUGGUCCGCGCGCUGCUCUACAUGGUCGGGCAGUGCCUCGGCGCCAUGUGCGGCGCCGGCCUCGUCAGGGCCGUGCACGGCGCCCAGUACGCGCGCCACGGCGGCGGCGCCAACGAGCUCGCGCCGGGAUACUCCAAGGGCGCCGGGCUCGCCGCCGAGAUCAUCGGCACCUUCGUGCUCGUUUACACCGUCUUCGCCGCCACCGACCCGAAGCGCAAGGCGCGGGACUCCCACGUGCCCGUGCUGGCGCCGCUGCCCAUCGGGUUCGCCGUGCUCAUCGUGCACCUCGCCACCAUCCCCAUCACCGGCACCGGCAUCAACCCGGCCAGGAGCCUCGGCCCCGCCGUGGUGUACAACAACAAGAAGGCGUGGGACCAGCAGUGGAUCUUCUGGGUGGGGCCCUUCAUCGGGGCCGCCGUGGCCAUGGUGUACCACCAGUACAUCAUCAGGGGCGGGGCCGGCAAGGCCUUGGCGUCCUUCCGCCACAACUACAUCUCUACAGCCUAA